AUGGCGUCAGUCGGCAGAGAAACGAAGCAACUCUUCCUCCUGCGACUCCUCAUCGCUUCUAUCCCAGCAUGCACUGGGUUUCCCGGAGGAGUGUUUGUGAGCAGACCUGAGGCCAGCGUUUUCCUGCGUCGCAGUCGUCGGGCAAACUACUUGUUGGAGGAGCUGAAGAGAGGCAAUCUGGAGCGCGAGUGUCUGGAGGAGAAAUGCACCUACGAGGAGGCCAAGGAGAUCUUCGCCCUGCCACAGCAGCUGGAAGCCUUCUGGAGGAUGUACACAGCGGUGGAUCACUGCCUGUCAUCUCCCUGUAAGAACGGAGCGACCUGUACUCGCCAGAUCGACACCUACGUCUGCAAGUGUUCACCUGGUUUCCAUGGAACCAACUGUGACAAAGCUCGUUUGACCUCCAACGGUUGUCGCUACCGAAACGGAGGAUGUGAGCAUUUCUGCAGGGAGCUUCCCGAUCGUUCUCAUGUGUGCUUCUGCGCUCCAGGAUAUAGUCUGGACCGGGACAACAGCACCUGCCUGCCUGAAGAUCGUGUGGCCUGUGGAAGACCUCUGAUGCACUUUGCCCCGAGGGUUAUUAAUGGAGAGAUCUGCCCCAAAGGACACUGUCCAUGGCAGGCUCUGCUGACUGAAAAUCAUAAUUAUUCCUGCGGAGCGAUCGUCCUAUCAGAUCAGUGGAUUUUGACUGCAGCUCACUGCGUUGGGAAAAAUCCCAACGGCAUCUUCCACGUCACUGUGGGUGAACAUGACCUUCACGUGGAGGAGAGGACUGAGCAGAAGCGGCGGGUGGUCAAAGUGAUGAUCCACCGCGCCUACAACAAGUCCAACUCUGACACCGAUCUGGCCAUGCUGAAGCUCCACCGCCCCAUCAAACUGGGACUCUACGUGGUUCCCAUUUGCCUUCCCGCACAGAACAGCACCUUCAGCCGAACGCUGGCGACCAUCCGACACUCCACAGUGUCCGGCUGGGGCCGCCUGUCGCAAUUCGGUCCCCCAGCAAGGUUUCUCCAACGGCUGGUUCUGCCAAGGGUCCCUCUGCAGGAGUGCCGCCUCCACACCAAGCUCAACAUCACCAGGAACAUGCUCUGUGCCGGGCUGAGGACCGGAGGCCAGGACGCCUGCAAAGGUGACAGCGGCGGCCCUCUGGUGACACGCUACAAGAAAACCUGGUUCCUGACGGGUGUGGUGAGCUGGGGGAAAGGGUGCGCCAAUGAAAACAUGUACGGCGUCUACACCAAGGUCAGCAACUUCCUGGACUGGAUCGAGGAUAUCAUGGCCACUGUCUGA